GACGGUUGUUGCAUGUAGCGUCCCACCCCGCUGCCAUGCACUGUAUGUCCCCAACACACCUGGCUGACGGACGCUAUCAGACGCGAAACGGGUGAACAAAAUCUUUAUCUUCUUGGUUUAUCCUUUUUUGAGACUAAAAAAAGAAAAACCGGUUUCUCCGCACCGAGCAAUCGUGACCGUUCAAGCAGCUUUGUCUGGCGGAUGGAAAGCCGCUCCCCUGGCUCCAUCCUUGCUAGGAUGGCGACCAGCAACUACACCCGAAUAGGCGAUGAUCGUCAACCCAGGAACACAAGAAUACAUUUCCAAGCAGCAAAUUUGACGAGGCCACUGCAGGGCCCUUAGUUUGGUUCCGGGCCAGAUCCCCGGAAAUAUGGAGGUUGUUUUCUUUGCUGGGAUGCAAGACAACCCGAGAAGGUGUCCGUCACACCUGUUGAAGUGGGCGAAAAACAAGCGUAUCACUGAGAACAUUGCCGUUAUUAGACGUGCUCGUUCCAGUGUUUACAUUCGCCAGAAGGGAAAAAGACAACGAGAAGAAAAAGAGUCGCCGACUGAAGACCAAAGAUUAGUUCUGCGAGACCCCUCGUCAAGAAUUAAGGAGACUUGCCUUUGGCUCGGGAACGUUCGCAGCACACAACCAGCACAACAACCAGUGGGGGGCUUGUACACUCGGAGCCACCAACCGACACAACCACAAGAUCAUAAAACCACCCACGUGUACGAGGGACACAACACCUCAAGCGAAAGGAAAAGAAUCGGGUCCUUGGCUGGCAGACUAAUUAAAGUCCACCGACCCGGGCAGAUAAGAAAGAUGUGUGUCCAGAUCAACCUAUUGUUUAGCUGCGGACAUCGCAGCUUCGAUCGGCUCGACAACUGUCGCAACUUGGGGGUAACAUGCUUCGGGCCAUCCUCCAAGCACCGAGACACGAAUGUCGAGGAAGAAUGCGAUGAGUGCACUAAAAAGCACUCGGACACGACCAGUGGAGUGCGGAAAGAAGAUCCAUGGGGGCGAGACAGUCCCUGGUACGGCAAACAGAAUGGCCAACACCUCUCAAAAUAGCUUCCAUGGCUAACAAACAGGGAGAGUUUCGCAUCAGCAACGCAAAGGGUUACUUGUGUACCUAUGAGGGGUUUUUGGGCGUCAGGCAGACUGCAAGGGAAUGUUUAGCGGAAUACAAGGGCACGAUAGAGGCGAAGCGUAGACAUUUGUGCUGUGGUGCAGAGCGGUUCUUGGGAAGAGGCCCGGAAGUUGUCAGACUGUGAAUGUCAAUGAAUGGCAGUUCGCUAAAUCAGCGCCUGAACCAGGGUUAAAAAAAAAUAGGAUUUUGAUUACCCCAACGUCUGUUC